UGGAGGCGCUGCGCCGCCUGGUUAACUCUCAAUGAUCUGAAAGAUCUGUAACUAUUCCCUGACACAUUGGACUGUUAAGUUUUUAAAAUCACACAAUCAAAUUAUGCUAACUGGUUAGCUUGUUAAUCAUUAAACUCGAUGCUUUCAUGAGGCGUCUGCUGCCCGGAAUCAGACUCGCCCAAACAUUACAUUCCAUUUGCGAUGUCGCCGUUGUUGUGGACACAAGGCCCGCUUCCGUCAAAUUUAAUUGAAAUAUAAUGGGGCGGUUUUGAAUUACGCCGCUUGUUUGCUCUUGGCUGCCUCCUCUUUUUUAUUUUUGCUUGCAUAUAUGUUUUUGCUCUUUGUGAAACGUAAACAAGUGAAAAUUCAAGUAUAGCAUGCACGACCCGCGCAUGCCCUGUAAAUAAAUAAAUUAUUAGUCACCCUCCAUAACUAUCCAUUAGUUAAUUCUACUAUAAAAUGAUAAAUAAUAGACCUACUUUCUAUUCGAAUUGCUGCAACAAAGUUAUAUUAAUAGCCACCCAUCCAGUUCGGUUUGCCACAAGCCUUUGCAGCUAGCUUAUAUGCCCUUCUGUGUAUAUUUAAUCAGCAGCUCAGUGUAGAACAAAGUCGCCGGCAUUCACAUCCGCCGCACGGGCAUCUUUCAGACUGCAGUCGCAAAAGUCUCUCGCGUAGACAUGUCCAAUAUCUCAGCUCUGCUGCUGCUGCUCCUGCUAUGGACUACGCUCCUGGCUGGAACAGUGUUAGCCUCCACCCGCUACAAUGUGGUAAUGGUAAUCUUUGACGAUCUGAGGCCGGCUUUGGGUGUUUAUGGCGAUAGACUGGCGCAAACGCCACACCUGGAUGCCUUCGCCCAGGGCAGCAGCUAUUUUACACGCGCCUACAGCCAGCAAGCGCUGUGCGCACCCAGCCGCAACUCCCUGUUGACCGGGCGACGUCCAGACACGUUGCAUCUGUACGAUUUCUACAGCUACUGGCGCAGCUUUGUGGGUAACUUUACGACUUUGCCGCAAUACUUCAAGGAGAACGGCUAUUACACCUACAGCUGUGGCAAGGUAUUUCAUCCGGGCCUUUCCUCCAACAACAGCGACGACUAUCCCAUAAGCUGGUCAGCGCCAGCAUUUCGUCCACGCACGGAGCAGUUCAUGAACUCUCCGGUCUGCCCAGAUCAUGGCGGGGGCGUGCUGCGCAAGAAUUACCUGAUAUGCCCCGUGCAGCUGCAAACGCAGCCAUACAAAACGCUGCCGGACAUCGAAUCCGUGACGGAGGCAAUGCGUUUCAUAGAUUCGCGCAAACGCAGUCGCCAGCCGUACUUUUUGGCGCUGGGCUUCCACAAGCCGCACAUCAAUUUCCGUUUUCCCAGGCAGUUUCUUGGGCGCUUCCCUCUGGCACCUUUCUACAACUAUACGGAGGAUGCUGUGAAGCCGCCAGAUAUGCCCGACGUGGCCUGGAAUCCCUAUACGGAUGUGCGCUCACGCGACGACUUCAAGCACAAGAACAUAUCCUUUCCCUACGGGCCCAUUUCCAGACAGCAGGCGGCACAGAUCCGACAGGCCUACUACGCCUCCGUGGCCUAUGUGGACGAUCUGUUUGGCAAGCUGAUGGCCCGCUUGGAUCUGGAGCGCACAGUGGUUGUCGUACUGGGCGAUCACGGCUGGUCGCUGGGCGAGCACGCCGAGUGGGCAAAGUACAGCAACUUUGAGGUGGCGCUGCGCGUGCCGCUUAUCAUACGCAGUCCAGAGUUUCCAUUGACCCAGCCUCGUCCCAUGCACAGCAUCACCGAGCUGCUGGAUGUCUUCCCUACGCUGGUGGAUCUGGCCCAUCUGCCGCCGCUUCCAGCGUGCAAUAGAAGCAGCAGCGUGCUGGAACAGUUGACCUGCUCCGAAGGGAAGAGCCUGUACCCGCUGCUCCAAGGCAUGGGAUUGGCCGAGGAGCACGUAGCAAUCAGUCAGUACCCGCGUCCAGGUAUGCUGCCCACAAAGCAUCCCAAUAGCGACAAGCCCAAGCUGCGCAAUAUCAAGAUCAUGGGCUAUAGCCUGCGCACGAAUUACUAUCGCUAUACGCUCUGGGUGCGAUUCCAUGCCCAUAACUUCAGUCGAGAUUGGCACAACAUCUACGGCGAGGAGCUGUACGAUCAUCGUUUGGAUUCCGGCGAAGAGUUCAAUUUGGCUGCGCUGCCGGAGUUCAAUGCAAUACGCCAGCAUUUGCGCUGCCGUCUGAUUGAGGCCGUGGGCUAAAAUCCCGCUUGGGUCAAAUUCAACAAUUCAUAUGCAUUAUAGGAAAAACAUGGAAGAGUUAAAGAAAUAAACUUCCCAAAUUAUAAAUAGAAAAUAACUGUAUUUGCGAUUAGACGAGUUUGUAUACCAGGAAAGUGUGUAAAAUAGAGUAUUGAAGUAUAAGUUAUUUUAAAGGAUACAUAAAAAAUUAAAAUAAUAAAGUAUUUAUAAUAAUAUAAAA